UGUAAGCCUUUUUCUUAUUGAUCAAAACAAAAAAAAACGCAAAACAAACAAAAAAAAAAAAAGCCUUUUUCUUCUUCAGCAGCAGCAAACCUUCUCUAUCCAUCCAUUCAUGAAGGGUCGAAGGAAAUACUGAAAUAAUAAGACAUUUUCAAUUACUACAGCUUGUUCCUUAGAAGUUGACUAAUUAAGUUCCAGAGUUAAUAGGCUCAAUACUUUAUAAUGUCUGGAGGAUAUUCGUUUCUGAAGUCAGGCUUCAAUCAUGCAUCAAAAGCAUCUAGUUAUUAUAAAAAUUUAACAAGAUUUAGCAAUGGAGUUCGUAACUGCCCAACGAGUGUUCCUCGUUGUUUGGAUGCUGAUUUUCAGAUUAGAACUAGGGCUUUUCAAUCUCUUGCUGAUAAUAGGCAUUAUAGGAUUGAACCCGUAUCAGCCUUACAAAACAAUGGCUUAUCCAACUUACACUCUUGGAAGGCUACUUUUCCCCUCAGUGUAAGUCUAAGUAGCACACAUCGAGCAUAUUCAUCGGUUUCCGGGCCACAAGAAUCUACAAAUUCAGCUGUAUCAGUUGCAAACGGAUCUAAUGGUGUUGACAGCAGUGGUGCAGUUAAUACAGAUUGGGCUGAUAGUUUGAAGACUGCUUGGCAAUCUGUGGUUGAUGCUUCAGCUUUUACCGGAGAAAAGGCUAAAGAUGCAGCUAAUGACCUUACUCCUCAUAUCCAUCAAUUGCUUGAGUCACAUCCUUAUCUAAGAACUGUUAUUGUUCCUGUUGGUGGAACUUUGACUGGUACCUUAAUUGCUUGGGUGGUUAUGCCUAAGCUAUUGAGGCAAUUCCACAAGUACUCAAUGAAGGGGACUGCUACACUGUUAUCAGGAGGCUUACCUCGGGAACUAGUUCCUUAUGAGAAAAGUUUUUGGGGUGCAUUAGAAGAUCCUGUGCGAUAUCUAGUCAGUUUUAUGGCCUUCUCAUACUUGAGUCUUUUGGUUGCACCAACCACAAUAACGUCCCUAUACAUUACAGAAGCUUGGAGAGGCGCUGCUGUCCUCUCAGUUAUAUGGUUUCUCUUUAGAUGGAAGACAAAUGCAAUUACUCGUGCUGUAUCUGCUCAGAAUUUAGCUGGACUGGAUCGAGAAAGGCUGCUUGCUCUAGACAAGGUUUCAUCUGUUGGUUUGAUGGUGUUGGGGCUAAUGGGUGUUGCUGAGGCAUGUGGUGUUGCUGUGCAGUCCAUUUUGACUGUUGGUGGUAUAGGAGGAGUGGCUACUGCUUUUGCUGCCAAGGACAUUCUUGGAAAUGUGCUCAGCGGAUUGUCUAUGCAGUUUUCAAAACCCUUCUCGCUGGGUGAUACCAUAAAGGCUGGGUCCAUAGAAGGUCAAGUGAUAGAAAUGGGACUGACUACUACACAAUUAUUGAACGCAGAGAAGUUUCCUGUUACUGUUCCGAAUUCGUUAUUUUCUAGUCAGGUUAUUGUGAAUAAAUCACGUGCUCAAUGGCGUGGAAUGUUGACCAAAAUUCCUCUGCAAAUCGAUAGCUUCGAAAAGAUUCCCCAGAUCGCGGAUGACAUUAAGUCCAUGAUAAGAUCGAAUGCGAAGAUAUUCUUAGGAAAGGAGGCUCCUUACUGUUUUCUUUCUCGGAUAGAGAACUCAUAUGCUGAGCUGACCAUUGGAUGCAAUCUCGUACAUAUGAGCAAAGACGAACUGUACUCUACACAACAAGACAUUCUACUCCAAGCAGCCCAGAUAAUUAAGAAACAUGGUGCCUCAUUGGGUAAUAUACCCCAAGAUUUCGCCUAUCAGUGAUUUGAUUAAAUGACGAAAGUUUAUGCCUUGUUGAAUCAUAAGAAAUGGAAAGGGAAUUGAAGUUUGAUCUAAUGCUAAGUUAUUACACAAUUUGCAGAUCAAGCAGCUUCUGGCAAGUUUGUUGGCCAUGUUGGUUGCCACUUCUACCAAAACGUGUACAGUGAAAAAGGAGUUUUAGAGAAAGUACACUUGUUGCAGAACUUCACUCAAAUUCCCUUUUGAGACAUUGGACCAGUAUUCUGAUGAUCCAUUGCAGGCUUCAGUUUUCCACAAACUUUUUAUAUUGUGAAUAUUAUGGGUUCUAUUCACACAUGUAACACUGGCCAGUUCAAUGCAAUGGGUUUUGAAAAUCAAAGGAACACUCUUUAGUUGAUAUAUCAAAAAAAAUUGACCAAUUUUCCAGGACUGAUUUAUGUGUACCAUUGGAGAUGAGUAAGAUCAGAUCAUGAUCCGGUAGAAAGUUGUUCUGUGGCUGUUCAUCCCUCGUCAA